AUGAAUAGGGCUUAAACAGCAAGUGAAGGGUUUAGAUAAAAGAAGACAAUGUCAUCAACAGGUUUCAAAUUUCGUCCAAGCACAUAAUAAAUAAAUCGGGAUGUUCACUACAAAGAUUCAUUGUCAAAUAAUGAGGUUAUUGAAAUUAAUCCUGAUCAUAUAAUGUAAAUAGUGUUUCUUAAAUAUUGUAACUUAGAUUUUACAAUAUUCGUAAACAGAUUCCUUAAUAGAAACAAGUGAUUGUCCGUAACCUUACUAAGAUUCCAAGAAGAAUAAGGAUUACUCAACCAACAACAGCACCUGCUCGAUUUAGAGUAGACUAUGAUAUGUAAGGAUCAUUGGCAGCAGGUUUAUCAAUGAUAUUAGUAGUGUAUUUUGAAUGUACAGUCGUUGAGGAUUAUUUUGAUGUUUUUGUCAUUACUUCAGAGGAUGGCUUUAAAUUUAAUGUAAAAUUAUCAGCACUUAAACCUCAACCAUUCAUUGAAUUUGAUACAUUUUUAGAUUUAGGAUAUUGUUAGAUUAAUAAAUGUAAGGAAGGUAAGAUAAGAUUUAAAAAUGUUCCAAUUGAAGAAGAAGAUAAGAAAAAAAAAAAAGGAGAAAAAGAAAGAGAUUCAGAAAUUGAAAAAGAAUUGACUGCUGAAAUCACAUUAAAAAAUGAUAAACUUACAUUCGAACCAAGACAUACAUUUUUGGUUAAACCAGAUGAAACAGUUGAAAUAACUGUUAAAUAUUAAACAAAUUAAGCAAGCAUUUUUAGAUAAAGUAUACAAGUCAUUAAACAUUGGAAUAAUAGUAUUGAUACUAUAGAAGUUUCUUGUAUUGCUGUAGAUUAUUCUAUAUUCUUUAUUGAUUAAAAUCAAGCAUAGAGUACAACAAUUGAUUUCUAAGAUCUUGUUAUGGGAUAUCCAAAAUAAUAUUCUGGAUCAUUAGUAAAUAAUACACCAGUUAAAUAAAAUUGGAAAGUUUUAAUAAAAAAGGGUUUUCAUACUAUGACAUCUUCAGUUGGAGGAUUUUAAACUCCAAAUGAAGUAGGAUUAGAAUGGUUAGAAAAAGUAAUUAGAGUAACACCAGAGAAAGGUUCAAUGGAACCAUAUGCAUAAAUGCCAAUUAAAAUUGAAUGUAAGGGUCCAGUAACUGAGGAAGGAAAAAUGAGAUGUGAAAAUUAUGCGUUCUAAGAUAAAACAAAUGAUAAUUUAAAGUAUGAAGCUCCAAUUGAUUUUGGAUAUUCUUUAUUUUUUGAAUUUUUUGGAGAAAAGAAUGAAGAAACUCUCAUAGUUCAUGCACAAGGAAAACAUAUAAGACCACAAGUCAAAGUUAAUAAAUAAGCUUUAGCUUUUGGAGAAUGUUAAGUAAAUGAUACAAGAGAUGCAAUUUUGGUUAUAGAAAAUACUCAUAAAAAUUAAACUAUUGAUGUUACAUUUAGCAAAGCACCAUAAUUUUUAGUGUCUCCUUUACAAUACUAAUUGGGACCACAAAUGAAAAGGUAAUUUAUAGUAACAUUUGCACCUAAAAAUGUUGGAAGAGUAAAUUCUUCAUUAAAUGUACUUCUUGUAGAUUCUUAAUAUCCUGUUAAAAUAUAAUUAAGUGGUCAUGCUAAUUUUAAUCCAGAAAAAAGACCAGUCACAAGAGGACCAGAAGCUUUACCAAAAGAUUUUGAUUUAGAUAGGCAGUUUGUGGAUGAAAAAUAAUUACAAUAUAUAGAAAUGAGAAGAAGAGAAAUAAAAUCAGAAAUGCAACCAAAAAGAUCAACUAAUUAUAUUGGAUAAUUAUUUGAAGAUGAAAGUGAAUAAAGUUUACAUUAACAAUAAUAAAGAAUGUAAGGUAUGAGUGAAUAUGAAUAAGAAAGAUAUGCAGAAAAAUUAUAAUAAUUUUAUUAAACAAGAUAAAAUUAAGAUAAAUAUAAUGAAUAUUUAAAAAGUGAAAGAUAAUCAAGAUUAUAAAAAAAGAGAGAUAAAAUACUUAAUAUGAGAGUUGAAUCUAUGUAAAUGGAAUUAAAAUAAAAGUUCUCAAGUACUGAAGAUGAUAAACCAAUUGAUGUAGAAUUUAAAUUAGGUAUUAUGGGUAGAGAAACUGAUGAAAAUGAUCCAGAGUUACCUGAAUAUUGUGAUGGAUUAUUUGUUACUAAACCUAUUGAUAAAUAUGAACCAUUUACAAACUAAAAAAAACUAUUUUAACCUGAUCCAUUAUAACCUAUGCGUAAAGCAUUUCCAUAGGAAGCAUAAACUCAUAAAGAAAAAAGAGAAGUGGCUAUGGAAUUAACAGGAGAAGAAUUAAAGAAAAUAUAAGCUGGUCCUGUAGAAAUUGAUUUUGGGAAUGUAUUUGUGAAAAGUGAAAUUGCUAGAACUUUUCACAUUAAGAAUGAUCUAAGAACCAGUAUCAGUUGUUAAAUUAUUACAGAAGAACCAGAAUUAGAAAAAUCUUAUACUAAAAUCUAAAUAAUCCCAUCAUCAGAUACAGGUAGAUUUAAAAUAGUACUUAAAUCUGAUAAAUUAGGAUCAUUUAGUAGAAGAGUAACUUAUGUGAUAAAUGGAAAACAUAGAUUUGAAUUUAAUGUGAAAGCUGAGAUCUAGAAUGUAAAAAUUGAAUUGUCAUUUUAAAAAUUUGAUUUUGGUUUCAGAGAGGAAAAUAUGUCUUUAGAGACAUGUGAGAUGGUAAGAUUAACAAAUAAUGGAAAUGCUACAGCAUUUUUUUAAUGGUUAGUUAGUGAAUAGAAAGUAUUUACAGUAAAUAUAGAGAAAGGUGAGAUAUUAUCAGGGAAAUAUAUAGAUGUUUUAAUAAUUUAUAAACCAUCAAAUUAUAUAAUAAAAGAAGAUAAACCAUAACCUAUUUAAGGUAAGACAAAUUAUUCAGUUUCUAUAAAUAAUUAAACAAGACUUGAUGAAGAUAAAUUAAUUUUAUAGACUAAAGAUGGACUUGAUUAAGCAAUAAAAGUAGUGGGUUAAGUGAGUGAUGCAAGAUGCAAUAUUAAACAUUCAAUAGUAGAUAUGAAAGAAUUAUUGGUAUGUAAAACUGAAAUUAAAUACUUCACAAUUCGUAAUGUUUCUAGAGUAAAUGCUUUCUUUUCAAUUAUGACAGAGAAGUUACCAGCUGCUUGCGAUAUAUCUCCAAGUAGUGGUAAGAUAGGACCUGAUGAGACAAAAGAUAUAACAGUAAAAUAUAUGUCUAAAGAGUAAACAGAUAUCAAGACUGAUAUUCAGAUUAUAAUUAGAGGUGGAAGAAUUCUUAAGAUUCCAUUCUUGGUUAAAACAAUUAUACCUUAAGUAGAAAUAGUGUAGGAUUAAUUUGAUUUUGGUAAAUUAACGACUUUGGGUAAUGAAGGUUCUUUAAAGAUGACAUUAGUUAACAAUUCAUCAAUAUCUGCUGAAUUACUAUUAAAUUUGGAUAAGGAUAGUCCAGAAGCACCAAAUGGUAUAGAAUGUUUAUAAGUUAUACCUGUUGAUGAUCUAGAUAAAAGUGUUUUAAAGAGUAUUCAUGAAGAUGAGAAUACAAUAAAAUAAGUAGCAGAUAAGAAAUCAGAAGAAGAUGAACUUGCAUCUGAGGCUAUUUCAUCUGCUGAUGAAGAUGAAUUGGAAUAGAAAAUUAAAUCUAAAUCAUAUAUUUUAACUAUUUAAGGUAAUUCAAAAUUGGAAUUUUACUUAAAGUUCAGUCCAAGAGAUGUUCAAACUUAUACAUUUGAUCUACCCUUAACUUUAAAUAGAUAUGGUCGUCUUUUGAGUUUGACAAGAUAAAUAAUUUGCAGAGGAUUGAAACCUCGAUUUGUAAUGGAUCCUCAAUGUGUUGAAUUUCCAAGAAAAAUCAUUACUUCUUUAGAAAAAUGUUUUGCUGCUACUGUAGAAAUAACACUAAGUAAUCCAGAAAGAAAACCAGUGUAUUGGAGAAUGGAUGUUACAUCUAUAACAACUGAUAAGAUAUUUAAUAUCACUCCAAUUGAAGGAAAAAUUGAUUCUGGAUAGACAGUAAAAGUUAAGGCUUCUUUUAAUCCAUAAAAAGCAGAUGAUUAUUAAAAAAAUAUUCCUGUUUAUAUUGAUAGCCAAGAAAGUUGCUAUUUAGAAUUAAUACUAAAAGGGAAAGCUGCAUAACCAAAAAUAUUAUUUGAUAGAAGAGAAGUUUUAUUGCCUCCAGUUCCAUUAAAUAUUGAAUCUAAAUGUUCAUUUAAAAUAUUGAAUGAUGGAUAUGAAAACCUAAAUCUCAGACAUAAGGUCUUUGGAGAAGAAGGAAAUAUUAAUGUAAAAUUGAGAUUUCCAGAAGGAGUAAGUGUAGGUAUGUCUAAAAAGAGAUUAAGAGUAGAUGCUCUUUUUUAAUCAUAAAAAUCAGUGUCAUUUACUACAAAAAUUGAAUUUUAUGAUGAAAUGGGUAAAGUAUAUACAAUACCUGUUUCUGGAACUGCAGAUAAUUGUUUACUAACUAGUUUUAGUUAUUAAUAAAGAUGUGCUAAUGAAUUUAAAAUAGAUGAAAAGAUUUCUUAAGGUUAAACUUCUUAAGGUCCAAUAUGUUUAAUGGAUGAUGACGAUGAUGCUAAUUCUGAUAUUCAGAGUCCUCAUAAAAAAGGUGCUCCUAGUGUUAUCAGUUAUAGAUCUCUAAGUUCUAUGAGUAAUCAAACUACAGCAAGUGCACUUGGUUAUAUUCCCAUUCCACAAGAUUUGGUUGAAUAGAAUAAAUAGUAUGCAACAAAAUGGCUGAAAUUUUUCUUAUGGAGUGCUAAUAUUCAUGCUUUUCCAGAAGGAGUCAUAGAAUAGGAUGGCUAACCUAUUUUUGAAUUAACAUCUGUAUUGAGUGGCAAAUCAUUACCACUCCCUUGUUAAUCGUAUCUAGAUAAAAAUGCUAAAAAACAAGAGAGAAUAACUCAAUUAUUGAAAUAAUAUGAUGAUUUCAUUAGAAUGUUAAAAUCUGAAGGAGCUUUACUUAAUCAUAUUCGUCCUUAUCAUCUUCUCAGUUUUAGUGAUUUGAAUGCUGCUUUCAAAUUAUUGCCAGAAGAAGAAAAGGAAUAAGUGCAUCCUAGUGUUUUAAAAAUAACACAAUAGAGAUACAAUUAUAUAUCAAUUGAUUCUUGGUGUGCUGUAUUUCACUAAAUUUUAAAGAUUUAUGGUUUACAAAGAAUUAAUAUUAAAUAUUAUAGAUAAAUCCCAGGUUGGGGAGAUAAACCACUUCCUGAUUGCUAUAUUAAUGGAAGCAACAUUUAUUCUCCUUAAGAAGGAUUGUUGAUGAGAUGGCUUGAAGUUUGUGCUGAAUCUGAAGGACAUCAAUUACCAAGAUUGAAAUAUUUUGAAUAGUUGAAAGAUUGCCAUUAUUUUGCUGCUGCUUUAUAACAUUAUGUGGGACCUUCCUUGACUAAAUACUUGUCCGGUCUAAAAGUAUGUGAAACUGUUUAAGAUUUUAAAAUAAAUUCAAAUAAAGUAUUAGCUGCUUUGAUGGAUAUGAAAUUUUCAAUUCCUUUUGAAUUAGGCAAUUUUGCUGAACCAAGUGGUAGGGAAAUGCUUAUAUUAGUCUUACAUUUAUUUAAUCAAUUGCCCAAUUAUUUAAAUAAAGGAACUGAAGUAUUCUCAUGUGUUUUGGGUCAAUCAAUCUCUAGAACUUUACUCAUUAUAAAUAAGAACAAUAGACCAGUUUCUUAUUGGGUUAAAUUGGAAAAAGAAGAAGAUUUUAAAUUAGAAGGAGGAGAUCACAUUAAACUAGAACCAAAUUAGCAUUUACCUUAUAAAAUCAAAUUUGUUUCUAGAAUCUCAUAACCUGUAACUGAUAGAAUUACUUUUAUGCCUAAGAGAGAACAUAACCUAUUUACUGCUGCUAUAGUGUACGAUCUCAAAUCCUAAAUUUUGGGAAGAGAAAGUAAAUCAGUUGAAGAAGUAAGUUCACCUCUUUACGAAAGCAAAGAUUUUUAUCUUUAAAUCUCCAAUGAAUUCACAAAAUCAGAAUUUGGAAAUUUUCAAAUUAAGAUGUUAUUUGAAAAGGUGAUUGAAACUAAUAAAAGAAAACCUAUCCAAAAUAAUAAUAAUAAAUCUCAGUAAAUUGAAUAAUAAAAGGAAGUUUUUCCAGCAAUAUUUUGUUAAUCUGAGAUAGUCAAAAUGAAAAAAGGAUCCUAAUUAUAAUUAUAAUUGAGAUACGUACCUAUGGUCUUAGAAUAAUAGAGAUGUUUCCUAAUAUUUACUGAUCCAAAUGUGGGAGAAUUUCAACAUGAAAUAUUAGCUACUGCUGAAUUGCCUGAAAUCUAAUAAGAAGUAAAAUAAUAUUAAGUGUUUGUUGAUCAGCCUGCUAUCAUGGAAUAUAUGAUACUACCAAAAAAUGAAUAGAUUUUUAAGGCUAGAGAAUCAAUACUCAAUUAUACGAGUAAAAAAUCAUUGCCAUUACCUGGAGGAGAACCUGAGACUAUUAAUUUUGAUAUUGAAUUAAGCAAUCAUUUUGGAUUCUUGACUGCUCCUAAAUAGUUUACAGUUUAAGAUUUAUAGAAAUAAAAAGCUAAUAGAGUACAAAGAGAAAAAUUGGAAAAAUAAUAGUAAUUAGAAAAAGAUAAAUAGAUGCAAGCAUUAUAAUAAUAAUAACCAUAACAAUCAUAAUUGUAAUAGGGUGCCAGAUAGAAUACAGAAAUAAAGAAUAUUUCUAUGAUAAGCAAUAUUACAGCUAAUCCAAAUAAUGUUACUGCUAAUAUUUCAAUGUUACCUGAUGUUAAUAAAAUGCCUUUGUAAUUUCUAUUUAAGAAUCCCGUUAAAGAUAUGCCAAUUAUCAUGACUCUCAGAAGCAAUGAUAAAACUGAUGUGAGAAGGUAUAAGUUUUUAGUGACUGCCUUGCCAAAGCCAACUAAAGCUUAGAUGGAAAUGAAAUGUCCAUCUAGAGAGAGUAUAGUUCAAGAUAUUCCAUUUUCAAAUCCAAGUGAUAAGGAUUGGACUUUUAAAUUUCUAUUAAAUUAAGAAGGAAAUUGUUUUUCGUUGUUGAAUGUUCCUACAGCAUAACCUGAUCAUGGACACAGUUCAAUAUUUAUUGGAGGAUACAAAGAUUUGAUUUUGAAGAAGAAAACUAAAAUUGAUAUCAAAUUAUAAUUUACACCAAAGUGGAUGUGUAAAGUAGAGGCUCAUUUACAAAUUACUAAUGUAAAUACGAAUGAUAUCUAUGAUUACACAAUUACAGGAAUAGGAGAAGAACCUUUAGCCUAGUCAAAUAUUGUAUUAUAAUGCAAAGCUAGAUAAAAAACAAAAACAGAAAUCAUUUUGAACAAUUAUUCCUAAAAUGAAAUGAAAUAUAAAGUAGAAACUGAUUUGAUCAAUGCAAGUGGUUUAUAAAAUUUUACUAUUGCUCCACAAAGAAAAUAUCGUUAUGAAUUAUCAGUAAUGCCAAUGCUAAGUGGAUAAUAUAAUGGAUCAAUAACAUUUUAUGAGGAAAGUGGUGAAUAUAUUUGGUACACUGUAGUAUUGGAUACUGAUUCCCCAAUAGCUGAAAAGGAAGUUGAAAUUUCAACUCAAGUGAGAAAACCAGUAAGUUUUGAGAUAGAACUUAGUAAUCCUAUGCCAUUUGAAUAAGCAACCUUUGAAGUGAGAAUUGAAGGAGAUAAUUUACAUGGCAGUAAGACCUUUACAAUUUUACCUUAAAUGAGUUCAAUAUAUGAACUAUAUUAUUUACCACUUUUGCCAGAGAAGAAAAAAGGAGUGAUUGGAUUCAUUCAUCCAAAAUUGGGAGAAAUAUGGUACAAUUUGAGUUUAAUAUCGGAAGAAAGACAAAGUAUUAGAAUUCCAACUCUGAAAACAGAAUUAGGUAAAGUUGAGGAAUAUGAAAUUUAAUUGGAAAACCCUAUAGAUAAAGAAGUUAAUGUGCAAAUUUAAAUUAGUAAUCCUGCUAAUUUUGAUGUUUUGCCUGCUGAUAUAGUUUUGAAGCCUCAUUGUGAUACGAGUGUGUAUAUAAGAUUUACUCCAAGCAGUCUUGAUUAAAUUUAAAAUGGAGAAAUAAGAUUCAUCACAUAGGAAAUCGGAAAAUGGGAAUAUUUAGUUUAUGGAGUCGGAAUCCCCCCAACAGCCUUCCCAGAAAUGACUGUGACUGUUGGAAUUAAUAAAGAUUAUUCAGAUGUAAUACAUUUUAAGAACCCAUUCAGAGAUACAAUUCAGGUGCAAAUUAUGAUUGAAUCAGAUGAUGACGCCUUUUAAUUACUUAUUAAAAAGAAGAAUGAUACUAAAACUACUAUUGCUGGACUCUAAUAAAUUUAAAUCCCAUUCUCUUUCACACCUAGAAGUAUCAGAUCUUACAGGUGUGAAUUAGUUGUUGCUAUGAAUGAAAAGAUUAAAUGGAGAUACCCUAUUAUAGGACAUACUGAAUCAUUUGCAACUGGAAAAUUUACAUAAUUUAAAACUAAAUGCAGAAUCUCUUUCUUAUAAGAAUUUAAAUUUUCAUUGCCAGGAGUUGACAAAAUUGGUAAGUCCAAUUUCACAUUUGAAAUUAAGAAUAUUUCAGAAGAUGUUAAGAUGCUAGUUGAUAAAUUUUUUAAGAUCAAAAUGAUUCAAUCAUCAGCUGAUGAUUGUGAUGAAGUUCAUUUUGAUGCUGCCUUUAUUCCUUUAAAACCUUUUAAAGCUAAUUUUGAUUUGAUUAUCAAAAGAGAUAUAGGUGGCGUUUGGAAAUUUCCCAUGAAUUUGGAUGCUACCGAACCAGAUAUAGAUGAUCUUAUCAUUAUUACUAGUCCACUCAAUAAACCUACUAGCGUUUCAUUUAGAAUAACUAAUCGUACUAAACAUUAGGCUACUUUCAGAGCAUACUUCACUCCAUCUUCUGAUUAAGAAUUCUCAGUUACUCCUAAAUAUGGAGAAUUAUAACCAAAUGGAAGAGAAGGUACUUAAUUCAUUAUUACUUUUACACCACUUGAAUAUGGAUAAAUUAGAUCUGGAAAAUUGAUUAUUGAGACUGAUGAUAUGUAUUGGUCUUAUAAAGUCAGAGGCACUUUACCUAAAUAUGAACCUCCUGUUGCUUAACCAAAGGUGGAUGCUAAACUAAUUGCCAAUAAUAGCAGCAAUUUUAAACCAAAGAAUUUCCUAUAAAAUAAUAUAAAGUAUAGUGUUUUCUUAAAUAUUAGACGCAACCAUUCACCUCCCAGCAUACAUUAAAAAUCUACUGCAAUUACUAAUUUAAAUUUCAGUAGAAGAACUUUUGGAGCAACCCUCACUAGAGAAACAAAAUCAGUUCAAUUAAUGAAAACCUAGAAAUUAGAAUGA